AAAGAGUGCUCAUAUAAUAUAUCGAACUAUUUUAUACGAAAAUUACAUAUUGCAAGUGAUGUUAUUUGGUGUACCACGUUCUUCCUCUUUGAUCGUGUCCAGUUAAGAAAGAUGAGUUCUUUGCGUCUACAGAAACGGCUAGCCUCGGCUGUGCUGAAAUGUGGCAGAAACAAAGUAUGGCUAGAUCCCAAUGAAACUUCAGAAAUAGCAAACGCUAAUUCACGCCAGAACAUUCGUAAGUUAAUCAAGGAUGGUCUAAUUAUUCGUAAGCCUGUGGCUGUACACUCUCGGGCCCGAGUUAGGAAAAAUGCUGAAGCUCGUCGUAAGGGUAGACAUUGUGGUCCUGGUAAGCGGAAAGGUACUGCUAAUGCUCGUAUGCCUCAAAAGGUGGUGUGGAUUCGUAGGAUGCGUGUGCUUCGUCGCCUUUUGAAGAAGUACAGAGAAGCUAAAAAGAUUGAUAGGCACUUAUACCACGACCUAUACAUGAAGGCCAAGGGUAAUGUCUUUAAGAACAAGCGUGUUCUAAUGGAGUUCAUCCACAAGAAGAAGGCAGAAAAGACCAGGACAAAGAUGCUGAGUGAUCAAGCUGAGGCUCGUAGACAGAAGGUAAAAGAAGCCCGCAAGAGGCGUGAAGAGAGGAUUCAGCAGAAGAAAGUAGAACUUCUUCAAGCCUUCCAGAAGGAAGAGGAGGCAGCCAAGAAGUAAACAAAUUGGCUUUCUGUAUAUUCUUGGUUUUGCUUUGUUGAUAUAAUAAAAAAAAAGAGAGAGAAA